AGGACCUGCGUUGUUUGCUGCAGAGCUGCUGCACGGUGUGUCUGUGUUUCUCUGUUUAUCUGCAACGAUUAAAACAGGAAAAAUGCCAUCCACCCGCUCCAUGAAACUGGCAGCCCAGCCUCCAUCUACCAGGAUGAGUCUGAGGAGCUUCCGCAACUCCCCGCUGGUUCCCAUGGAGACUUCCUCCUCUUCCUCCGACGACAGCUGCGAUAGCUUCGGUUCUGAUGGAGGCUUUGCAAAUACGAGGAGCAGCUUAAGACAGACGAGGAGGACGGCAGAGAAACCAACAGCGUUUGAGGCUACAUCAGAGGAGGAUACAUGCAGCGGCUUUGAGGAGAAUGGGAUCAACAGUCAGAUGAAGGCCAUGAAAGUGGACUCUGAAAUACCGAGACGAGGCCGCAGGUCCAACGUGCUGAAGGUGGCUAUGACGUUCCCCGCCAAGAAGACGGGCAAGAAGAGGCCUGCCUCCGAACCGCUCCCUCAGAGUAAAGCACAGGACUCCGACUCUGAGGAGGAGGAGGAGGACUUCAUGAACAAGAGAGCCUUGAAUAUUAAGGAGAACAAAGAAAUGCUUGCAAAGCUCAUGGCAGAGCUGCACAAAGUGCCGGGGCUCUUCCCGAGACGGAUGGCGAUGUCGGCCUCCACUACGCCUCGACAGGCAGCUCGGCGCUCUGUUGGAACUCCAGGAGCUCGUAGGAGAAACCCGGAGCGUUUGUCCCGACCCCACACGCGGUCCCGCACGCUCGUGGACGGACCCCCCAGCCCAGCCCCGGAGGAGGAGCCCGAGGACAAGUUUAGCCUGGUUCGCAAAAGUCGCUACUUUGAAGAAUAUGAUGAGCCACCUCGCCGCCGUUCCUUCAAUGGUGCCAAGGCCAUCCCUCAUGUGGUGCGGCCCGUGGACGACAUCACAGAGUCAGAGCUGCAGAACAUCUGCCACAACGUGCGGGAGAAAGUGUACAACAGCUCCACCGGAUCCACCUGCCACCAAUGCCGCCAGAAAACAAUCGACACCAAAACCAGCUGCCGCAAUCCAGAGUGUGUGGGGGUGAGGGGUCAGUUCUGCGGCCCCUGUCUCCGGAACCGCUACGGAGAGGAUGUCCGAGACGCUCUGCUGAAUCCGGAGUGGCAGUGUCCGCCAUGCAGAGGGAUCUGUAACUGCAGCUUCUGUCGGGCCCGAGACGGUCGCUGUGCUACGGGAGUGCUGGUUUACCUGGCGAAAUAUCAUGGCUUCGAUAACGUGCACGCCUACCUGAAAGGCCUGAAAAAGGAGCUGGAGGAGAACAGCAAGUGAAUUGCAGCGGAUGCUGAUCCUCGACCUGACUGACACGCUUGAGACUGUUUUUACAUGCACACGCAGUCCAAGUAUUGCUUUACAACACAAUGCUUAUUGUUCCCGUUCGUGAAAUUUCACACACUUCUAGAGUAUUGACUGACAGCUGGAGGGAUGCACACACAGCCAUUUCUCUCCAGCCUAAAGCUUGUAUUGUUUUUGUUCUCCCACAUAAUUUCCUGUCUGUUCUCAAGAGCUGAGCCCUUACGUUAAGACUGGUUCAUUGCAGAAGGUGGAGUAAAACAAGCACAUUUUAGAAAAAUGUUUCAACCUUUGUUGACAGCCUUCUGCGAUCUUAAAUACUUUAAGAUGGUGGAUGUAAAUAUUCCCAUAGCAUGUAAAAAAAUCCCUUUUUACAGCCGAAUCAUCCAACCUGCUGCAAAAGAAUUCAGGCUUGUUUAGAUGAUCUACUGUAUCUUACAUUGUUUUAAAUGUAUAGAUUUUACACAGCCCAAUUGGACAUGAAUUAGCCUCCAAGGGAUACACGCUUGUGCCUUUUUUUUUCUAGUUGCAAAUUUACGCUUGUGUUUUUUACAAGUUGCGUAGCCUUUUUGUGCAUCUGCUGAACGUGUAAAUGUUAAAAAAAAACAAAAAAACAAAAGCGACUGAACAAAAUGUUUUCUUUAGUCGGGGUGUCCUCCUGUAGAAACCGCCGAAUGAUGCGCAUGCUGCUGAGGUGGUGCAGGUGGAAAGGGCAUAGACUGGGGUCCACUGCCUCUCACUUCUACACAGAGAGGAACUGUGUGAUGUACUACGGCGCCUGGUUAAAUAUCCUUCAUUAGAUAACUGUCACUAAUGGUGUGGAAACAAUUAGCACACUCUAAUGGGAAUCUCAUACCUGUAAAUCAUUUUAUCCUGUUAAAGCACAUUCUCGCUCUGCUCCAGUCUCUUUGGCUCAUUUUCUGCCUUACACUGUUAAGUAGGAAUGGUUGAAGGUGCCACUGAAGUGGCAAUAGAGUUAUGGCCUGCAUUUUCUGCUCAGAAGUGUAAUACUCUACACGAAAUGACAUGGAAUUAACCUUUGUGUCGUUCAUCUUUGAAAUGUACUUCAUUCGACCUGCACCAGGACACACUCUGAUUGUAUGAUACUGUUUUAAAAUAAUCAACGGUUGAGACUUCUUCUUCAAGGUAAUGGCAGGUGGAGGUUAUCUUGCUGCUGCUUGUAUUUAUCAGGCACUGCACUGAACAGGGGGAGUAAUGCUGAACUGCUGAGGGGAACAUCUGUUGUGGUGACGGUUGCUUUGUGCUCACUGGAUUAACUGUACGUUUUCAUUAAAGCGUUAAUCACUGCAGAAUCACGUUAUCAGAUU